AGAAUAUUGAGAUGUAUAAACUGUUCAAAAACUUUAAUAACCUACUCUUAAUCUCUUAAUCGUGAAUGUUAAGCAAGCAUUCAAAUGAAUCAAAUCACAACCGAUGAACCGAACUUAACAUUGAUAUCAUUUGAUAUCAUGUUAAAACCAGGAAAAACAUCUAAAAAAUCAAUUGAAAAGUCCUAAAACUUGCGGAUUCUCCAACUACCUCUAUUAGUCAAUCUUACCUUAAAGUCUUGAGAAAUUUUGAAUAUCUGAAUCCGUUCUGCAAGAAAACUUCUAAACGUGGCUCUCCGAUGGCAACUACUUCUUUUCUUCCACUCCUAUUUUUUCUCCUUCUCAGCCCCUUCCUAUCUCUCUCCGCCACCUCCCCCUACCUGUCCCCCACCACCUUUUUCAGGAAUUAUGAAAAGAUGCUCUCAACUUUCAAGGUUUUCAUUUACGCCCCGCAAAAACCGUUCGAUUUUACAACCCCGCCCUCCUCCUCCUUCCACGACGCACUCCUUAACAGCCCGUUUCUGACCACCGACCCUGAAGAAGCUCACCUCUUCUUCGUACCCUUUGCUCAUAAUAUCUCCACGCGCGCUCUGGCGCGUUUGGUUCGAGAGCUCAGGGGAGCUUUUCCGUACUGGAACCGGACCCUCGGAGCUGACCAUUUCUUCAUCCACCCCACCGGAAUUGACUUCUCCACCGACCGGAAUAUUCUCGAGCUGAAAAAGAAUUCCGUGCAAAUCUCUACUUUCCCGACAAUUUCCGGCCGCUUUAUACCCCACAAGGACCUCACGCUCCCGCCGGCGAUCCAUCACCGGGAUCACGCACUCGCCGGAGCGCCGGGGAACAGAACGGCGCCGUUUCUCGGGUAUAUGAAAUUGGACGGAAAGACAGAGCUGGGCAUGGUAAAAGAGUUAAAACUGGAUGGCGAGUUCUUGAUCGAAUCUCAGCCGUUGGAUCAUCUGGGUAAUAUCAAGAGCAGUAAAUUCUGCCUCUUUUUUCACGGCGGUGACGUGUCAUGGCUUGGGGAGGCGAUGGCUUGGGGCUGCGUGCCGGUGGUGAUUGUGGAUCGUCCGAUUCAGGACUUGCCAUUGAUGGGCGUGUUGAAUUGGUCGGAGAUGACGUUUUUGGUGGGGUCCUCCGGCGGGGCCACCGGAUUGAAGGAACUGCUACGUGGCGUGGCAGAGGAAGAUUACCAGAGAAUGAGCAGAUCGUGUGCUGCGGCGGCACAGCAUUUGGCGUGGAACGCGGAAUUGAAGCCGUACGAUGCAUUCCACAUGGUUAUGUAUCAGCUCUGGUUGAGACGACACGCCGUUAGAUACGCGAGGAGAGAAGAAAAGAGCUUGUGUUGGAAACAUAUUUUAGUUAAAUAGUUACUGAAAAAAAUGGAUAUUGCUAAUCCUUAUCUUAAGGAUAUCUGUUAAUAAUAAAGAGAAGCUUAUUUAUCUGGGAUCAAUGAUUAUAACUCUAUUUUCUCCCAUAUCUCUAAUAAAAACUUUAUUACGGAGUAUUAUUAUUUAGAGGCUGUUUGGAACUACAGUUUUUCGGCUUAUCAGGCUUAUCAACC